CAAACCUGCAGUGCAGCUCUGGCAGGCGCAGGGAGAGCACACACACAUGCCUCAUCGGGUUAUGCAAUAAGCAAUACCUGCAAUCAUCUGUCACUGACAAGACUGUGCUGUAGAAGUGCAGAAACGGUGGGACGUUGAGUCAAGUCUCGGGUAGUUGGUCGCAGGAUAGUUUGCGCGUCAGUUGAAGACUCCGAGCGAAAGGGAAGAUAUAUGCCGUCGGCGAGACACUUUUGAGACCAGUACGGUAGAGGAAUUUUAACUGUGGAUUAACUGAGCGUUUGGUGUGUGGCAGAAGAGGUGCAUGAUGAUGUUUGUUGAGUCUGUGAGAAGAGACGAGGGUGUCAAAGAGAAAGCAGACGAGAUCUCCAGGAUGUGUGAAGUGGACGUGGUCACCCCGGAGCCCCAGAGCCCCACGCUCCUGAGCGAGUCCACGGACAGCUACUGCCAGGUGGACCGCUGGCACCGCCUCCGCACCACCGUCCGCAAGCUGGAAUUCUGGGAGGACUUCAGCGCCGAGCUCAUCGGCUCCGGCUUCUUCUCUAAGGUUUACAAGGUGAUGCACGGCACCACACGGAAGGUGAUGGUGGUGAAGAUCUACAAGAAUGACGUGGACCAGGACAGCAUCGUCCGUGAGAUCAGCCUGCUGCAGAAGCUCUCCCACCCCAACGUCAUCAGGUAUCUGGGGAUAUGUGUGAAGGAGGACAAACUGUAUCCCAUUCUAGAGUAUGUGAGUGGGGGCUGUUUGGAGGAGCUGCUUGCCCAGGAUGACAUCCCCUUGUGCUGGAGAGAGAAGGUGGACUUGGCCUCGGACAUCUCCAGAGGGAUGACCUACCUCCACUACAAAAACAUCUACCACCGGGACCUCAACUCCAAGAACUGCUUGAUCCGGGUGACACAACGGGGAAGGGAGGCGGUGGUGACGGACUUCGGUUUGGCCAGAGAAGUAGGGGAGCUGCCAGCCAACGACCCCGAGCGGAAGAUGUCCCUGGUGGGCUCGGCCUUCUGGAUGGCCCCCGAGAUGCUCCGAGGAGAACCGUACGACCGCAAGGUGGAUGUCUUCUCAUUCGGGAUCAUGUUGUGUGAGAUUCUCGCCCGAAUCCCUGCAGAUCCUGAGAUGCUACCAAGAACACGGGACUAUGGUCUGGACGUGGAGGCUUUCAGUGAGCUGGUGCCAGGCUGUCCCCAGCGGGUUCUGGAACUCUCUGCCAGCUGCUGUCAGAUGGAUGCGUUCCGCCGUCCAUCCUUCUGUGAGGUGCAGGACGUGCUGGAGGACAUUGCGGAGACGCUGGAGCCCCCCGACGCCGCGCUGACCACCGGGUGAGGGCCAUUAGAGCGACCCCCCAACCACCACCACCACCCUGCUCCCACCAUGGGACCUCCCUCACUCACACGGACAGCUGUGGACAGCCAUUUUUUUGUGUCCUCUGUGAAGGACGGUGGCUCAUCUCUUUCUCUCUCUCUCUCUUUCUUUCUCUCUCUCUCUUCUCUCUCUCUCUCUCUCUGUCUAACUGCCUCUCUGUCUGAGGGGGACAUCAUCAUGAGGAAAAGAAGGACACCUUUUCUCUCUAGGCCUGGGCUGUCUCUCAGGCAUGUGUUUUAGACACGUGCUCCAAGCCUGGCCGCUCACUCACACUGCUGUGAAUGUGUGCUUUCUGUGUGAGCGUCUCACACACACACACACACACACACACACGCACACACACACACACACACACACACACACACACACACACACUCUCUCUCUCUAUCCAUCCCCGUUUUCUCUGAACGCAGAGGGCAGAUGCUGUAGGUGUGGGUCCAAUGACAAGGGCUAAUGGUUGACUUACAUUUUUUAAUGACCAAAAUUAUAGUCAGGACCACCAUGGCUUGAUUUGUUUUUCACUGCGAAUUAGAUCUAUGUGGUGGAUAUGGGAAAGUGAGAGAAUUGUUGUACAUAUGUCUGUAAAUUGCAUAAGAGCGACUCUGACUUGCACAUUCUUCUACUUGCCUUUUAAAAAAAAAAAGAAACUUGAGAUAAAUGUAAUAAGAACACUCAGUGGGAGAAUAAUGUAUUACAACUGCUGUAAAGGUAUUUGUCUCUGCUAAACAAAGCCAUGGUUACCGUGCCGUUGGCUUUAAAGUCUUAACUGGUAUUCAAAUUGACUGACCAAAGUAUUACAAGCAACGAUUUCACCAGACUGAAGGAGUAUUGUUUCAGCGGUCAUUUUCAUAUGUUGAGGAUCAUAAUAAUAAGGGUAUGGUGAAAUACUAAUAAAUCACCUCAUCCCGGGAGGAUUCAUUGGGAGAAAAUAAUCUGACAUAAAUAAGACAAUACAAAACAACUAUUUUGUUACAUAAUAUAUUUAUGUUUAUAAUAUUAUGUGUUAGUGCAGCUGGACAUCAUAAGAAUACAGUUCCUUCUUCAAGUCUUCAGACUGCACAGACUCAUGUCAUCCGUCCCAGAAACGUCUGAUAAACAUUAUGGGGUAUUUCUAAUGUCAGUCUCAUGCGUUCACCCAAUCACAGCAGGUCAGAAAGGAAGAGGCGGGACCCUCAGUCCUCUCUUCUUCAGUCCAUAGCCAGACAUCUUCUCGCUUUCUGGGAGUAGAGAGGAGACACUCGAUGCACUUAGCUACAUCACAGCCCUCUCAGGGUUUACUUUGAAAAGAAACCUGAACUAUGUGAAUGACUCUAACCCUUUCGUUAGACUUUGUAUUGUUGACUGUCUUUAAACAUGUUUGUAUGAUUCCAUUUCUAAAGUUCUUUGUAAAUACUCAGCCUUGCAUUUUGCAGGUAGAAUAUAUUUUGUUUAUCACACAAGAUUUCUGUUUGUAUUGUUUAUUAUAUUGUAGAAUUGCAUAUGACUUCCCUGUUUGUGCAGAUGGUAUAUGAUUAUUUUACAAAUGCCAAUAGAUUAUUGAAGACAAUGAAAUAAAAUAAAAUUAUACACUUUGAAAA